GCCGCCCAUCACCAACGACAGCCAACUCAAUUCCCCCCGCCCUCACAUCAACACCUUAACGUCGCAAACAUGGAGAACGAUAAGGGAGAACUCGUUGACCUUUUGGUCCCCCGCAAGUGCAGCGCAACGAACCGCAUUAUCAAGGCCAAGGACCACGCAUCCGUCCAGAUCUCCGUCGGAAAGGUCGACGACAACGGCAGAUACACCGGCGAGAACCAGGUCUACGCCCUCUGCGGCUUCGUCCGCUCGAUGGGUGAGAGCGACGACUCCCUCAACAGGUUGGCACAGCGUGAUGGUCUCCUGAAGAGCGUCUGGAGCGGACAGCAACAAAGAUAAAUGGAUUACAUCCGAUAUUGGGCUGGCCAUGGUGUGAAGGAAGGAAAUUCUGGUGCGGCUGGGAGGCAUGGUUGGCUGAUGCCAAAUGGCGUUGCUGAAAUAGUCAGACGGGGCAGUAUCAAGAACUGAGAACUUAUCACAUCAUUUUGCGGAUU